AGAAGAUGGGCAAAACUAAUCGAAAAAAAAGGAAAGGGGCAAUGUUGGAAUCAUGAAAAUGGAAUGAGGAAGUGCAAACUGCCCCUCAAUAGCACAAAGCAAAUAUAUAGUGUAGGUUGAAACACUUGGUAAUGAACUUCCAUGGAUGUAAUGGGAUUCACGGCGAAGAUGUGCAUAAAAUUAGUUGUAGCAACAACCUUAAUAUUGUGUGUUUACCCUGAUAGGAUAGUAUCUCAGGACCUGGGUUGCUCAUUUGAGAGCCUACAUCUUGAUAAGUGUUUGAACCAACAAGGAGAAUAUGUGUUCUUGGAGCCUUGCUGCAGAGCCCUUAACCAAGCUCUUCGAGUUGGGUUCCACUGUUUAUGCUCCGUAUUCAUGACUGAUGCUCCUCAAUUAACCACCAUUUUCUCUUUGUCCUUGUCUGCAGGCUGCUACAUUAUGGUCCCUCCAUUGACAAUGUGCCGAGAUUUAGGUACAACGCCGAUAUCUCUUCCAAUUCCACCAAACAGUCCACCCAAGGAAAUAAGUACAGCUCAACAAACGCCCCUAGUGCCUCUACCUCCUCCUCCUCCUCCUCAAGAAAUUGGCGGUUCAUUGGACCCCAAUACACCAAAUGCCAAUUCUACUGUGGUGGAGCAACAGCAACAGCCACAUCCGAGCAAAAACGCUACUUCAACGCUACAUGUAGUGGAGAAUCAGAACAAUGUGUCUUCAUCUGGUGUCUACCCUUUACGCGGGUGUACAAUUAUCCCGAAAACAACCCAAGGGGAGGAUGAUGGCUGGAGAGUGGUCUCUAGAAGGAAAAGGGAUCCUAGAACACCUAUUUCUAUGAAUCUGGGGUUUGCUCAGGUCACUGAUGAUCAGACUCGCUUUUCCUUUGAUGGAGGUGGGGGUAAGGAAGAUUUAGAGGCAUCACCCCCUUUCCAAAGCGCAGGUCCAGAAUCUGGAGUUGAUCCUAGUUCUACUGAGCAAUUCUCCGGUUCUCCAACUCCUCUGUCUCCAUCUGCAGAAAUGGACUUGACACCAAUAGCAGCUGAUAUUUUACAUCCACCGCUACCAGGAUUGCUUUUGGACUCUUAUCAAGCUUCAUCAGCAACACGGAUCAGCUUCAGUACUCCUCUUUCUUUGAUUCUCUCCAGUUUACAUAAAACGCUCAUCAGGUGGAGGCAGUGGAGCUCGUGUUUUUUAGAAUUCUUCUCUCUCUCCUCCGUUUGUCCUCCUCGCCAGAGUAACUUCGAUUCCUUGAUCAAUUUCUCUCUCGAAUUAUUCUGCUCAGAUUCAGAGGCAUCACCCCCUCUCCAAAGCGCAGGUCCAGAAUCUGGAAUUGAUGCUAGUUGUACUGAGCAAUUCUCCGGUUCUCCAACUCCUCUGCUUCCAUCUGCAGAAAUGGACUUGACACCAAUAGCAGCUGAUAUUUUACAUCCAGCACCACCAGGAUUGCUUUUGGACUCUUCUCAAGCUUCAUCAGCAACAAGGAUCAGCUUGAGUACUCCUCUUUCUUUGAUUCUCUCCAGAUUAGGAGCUGAUGGAGCUUGUUAACCCUGUUCCCAACUACUCCGGAUAUGUUCUUCUUAGAUGUACAGGUUCAGCAGUUCAGCAUAAGCUCCUUGUUGGUAACCAAAAAUAGUGAAAGAAAGGAAUUAUUUGUUUAGAUGUUAAGCAUGUCAAGUCAAUCUUUGAGAUAGCUUCUCUACUGACCUUUUAGAACAAUUUACACUGCAUCCGCAAUUUACAUUACACACUAUUACAGCAAUAACACAAAUGUAAUUAGUUGUCUA